AUGUCGAAGGCACUUGGGACUUUCCGAGCCGUCUACCUCGUAGCACUUUGCUGCGUAGGCUCCUUCCUCUUUGCAUACGACACCGGUAUUAUUGGUGGGAUCCUCACCUUCGAAGGGUUUCAAACCGACUUUCGAUACGGCCCAUCGCAGAAGGCCAAUGUCGGCUCUAACUCUACGAGCUUGCUGCAGGCAGGUGCAUUCUUCUCCUGCUUCUUCAUCUGGCCCUUCACCGCAAAGUAUGGCCGAAGAUGGUCCAUCAUCCUCGCCUCGACAAUCUUCUGCAUCGGCGCCGUGGUCCAAACAAUCAACACCCACUCCCUGGCGGCGUUCUACGUAGCUCGAGUCAUCAGCGGUGUGGGCGUCGGCAUGGCCACCGUUGUCAUUCCCAUGUACUCGGCCGAGAUGGCGCCCAAGAACAUUCGAGGCAUGCUCGGUAGCAUGUUCCAGUUCUUCUUCACAAUGGGCGUCAUGACAAGUUACUGGAUCGACUAUGGGGUUAGCAAGCACCUCAAACCUUCGACGAAGCAAUGGCAAAUUCCCGUCGGACUCCAACUUGUCCCUGGUGCGAUUCUGGGCCUGGGCAUGUUGCUGUGCAAGGAGAGUGCGAGAUGGUUGGCCAAGACUGGCAGGAGGGAUGAAGCUCUGCAAUCCCUUAUGUGGGUUCGUGGUGGCGAGAACACGCCCGAGGUUCAGCAAGAGUUCGCUGAGAUCAUCGCCACCAUCGAGGAGGAGGAAAGCCAGAAGGAGGGUUUGACAUGGAGGGAGCUGGUUCAGCCCACCAACCGUUACCGUAUUCUCCUGAUUGUUGCUCUACAGAUUGGUGUCCAGCUCACCGGCAAUACCUCCUUGGCCUACUAUGCACCUCAAGUCUUUGCCGCAGUCGGCGCCGGCCAAGACAACCUCCUGAUCACCGGCUUCUUCGGCGUCGUAAAAGUAGUUUCAUGUCUCUUUUACCUGCUCUUCCUCGUCGAGCGCAUGGGUCGUCGAGGCUCACUCCUGGCUGGGGCUUUCCUCAUGGGAGCUUACAUGCUCAUCAUCGCAUGUCUGACAGCCACCAACCCACCAAAGUCGGUUGACCAGGGUCUCACCUCCACCGCAAUCGCGUCCAUGACGAUGAUCUAUCUAGAAGCUAUGUCUUACAACAUUUCGUGGGGCCCAGCGCCUUGGGUUUACAUGGGCGAGAUAUUCCCAUCCCGCAUCCGCGAAGCAGGCAUCGCCAUCGGAACAUCCACGCAAUGGCUGUUCAACUUCGUCUUCUCGCAAGCCACGCCACAUGCCGUCCAGAACCUCGGCUGGAAGACCUUCCUCAUGUUCUGCAUUUUCAACUGGGCUCUGGUCGUCUUUGUCUGGUUCUUUAUCAAGGAGACCAAGGGCAAGUCUCUCGAGGAGAUGGAAGCCUUGUUUUCUGGAAAGCCUGCUGGAAAUGAUACCGAAACUUCUCUUCACAAGCAGACCCAGGAUCCGGGGGUUCGUCGUCGCAUACAGGAUCCCGAGAAAGAAUGA